UAUUUAAUUUUUAACAUGACAUGUUUUUUAACUAAAGAGUUUUUAAUUUUCGUUCAGCUUUACGGCGAUUUCUAUUUUUCCAAAGAAUUUCAUCGCAGUUAUAAACAUUUUCUUCAACGAAAUGUUACGCCAGUUUACUGUUACGAGUUUAAAUUUGAUGGAGAAAUCAAUGUCUUCAAAAAAUUACUUUAUGUUCUGAGGCCAACUUUUGAACCAUUAAAAGGUGCAUGUCACGCUGACGAAUUAAGUUAUUUAUUUUAUGGAAGACUGUUUGGAUUUGUACCCAAGCCAAAUUCACCAGAGUUAAGAAUGUGUAGAAUAUUAAGUAAAUUAUGGACCAAUUUUGCGAAAACUAGUAAUCCUAAUUCGCACGAUUUAAGAUUUGUAUGGAACUUUACUAGGGUUGAAGAACCAAAAUAUUUGUCAUUAGAUGGAGACAAUACACAUAUGAUUGUUGGACUAUUGAACAGUUCCAGGACGCAUUUUUGGGACAAUAUAUUAGAUACUAUUGAAUCCCAACAAAAAUAAAAUUAUAAUUCAUUUUUAUGAUAAUUUGUUAUUUAAAUGUCUGUAAUAUUAACCAAAUAAAUUUUAAAUUAACUCAUUUGACCUUAAUAUUCAUUCAUAAAAUUGCCAAAUUGU